AAGUAUACCAGGAUUAUUAGGACACUUUACCCUACCAAACAUCAAAGUAUGAGCCAAAUCGAUAGGUUUUUCCACCACAUGUUCGAUUUUCUCGGACAUGUACUCUUAAUUCCUGCGUUACAUGUGCUUAGAGAGUUUUCUUCUUCUUUUGCUGAAGAUAGUGCCUUCCCUGUCUCUAGAAGAGGAACAAAUGGUUUUUAAAAAGUUCCUGGAUUUCAAAGUUUACAUCGGGCCUGGACAAGCAUUUUGUUACAAUGAAGGUGGAUGGUUCAGACUGGUUUUUGCCACUCACCCUGAUCAACUUAGAAUAGGUAUGGAGCGUGUUGUUUCAUGUGUAGAUGCCAUCCGUAAAGAAAAUCUCUACUGUAGAAAUAGAAGUAUGUGUCAUGACCACCUCACUGCUUUUAACAGUGACAAAACUGAUGAAGUGAUGACCGAUGGCGAAUCAUUUGAAGAACAAGCACAAGGUUUUAGAUUAAGUAUCAGUAAUAGUGACUGUCUUUCAUUGAAAACAACAGAAAAAAGGACAAAAGAAAUUGAGAAACAUCACCACGAAGAUGUUGCAUCCAAAACUGAGUAAUCAGUCUUUGCAUCCAGAUUUUUCAGUUUCAUUAAGAAAGUACACUACUUUUAGCUUGUAUGUCAUAACAAUCCAAUAACUUCUUGUAUUAUUUUGAUAUUUCGUUUCUCUCAAAACAAAUGAGCAAAUUGUGAGGCCA